AAUCAUUGGAUUACAUAUGCAUAUGUAUUAUAUAUAAUAUAUUGCUAAUUGAUUAUAAAAUUAGUUUGAUUAUACUUUAUUUCUUCAAUAAAUAGUUUAUUUUGCAUAACUGUCGACAUAAACGCUUCAGUCGGUCGCAUUCCGUCAGACAUUUAAUUUAAGCGACAUGAACAUGAACCACGAGUUGGAACUCAAUGGUACGAACACUACUACUUCGUUCACAUAGGUGUUUCCAAUUUUGUAAUUUAUGUAUAAUGUAUCAUACUUUUUACUGGUAGUUUUUUUUAACCAAAGUCACUGUGAUUUACAUGUAAUUGACAUAAGCAAGCCGUUCAAGUUUUGGUAUUGUAAACAAAAUUUGCUAUGCACAUAAGUAGUCCAGAAGGAUCAUAUUUAGAGGGACAUAAAAUGGAUCGUGUGGCUAUUUUGGAUGCUGGUGCACAGUAUGGAAAGGUUAUUGAUAGAAGAGUUCGUGAAUUAUGUGUACAAUCAGAUAUUCUACCACUUGAUACACCUGCACUAACUAUAAAAGAAUCAGGUUACAAGGCAAUUAUUAUAUCUGGUGGUCCAAGUUCUGUUUAUGCUCAAGAUGCACCAAAAUAUGAUUCUGACAUAUUUAAGAUUGGUAUCCCAGUACUAGGAAUAUGUUAUGGUAUGCAAAUGUUAAACAAAGAAUUUGGUGGAACUGUUCAACGUAAAGAUGUCAGGGAAGACGGACAAUAUGAUAUUGAAGUUGAACAAGGCUGCCCUUUAUUUACACAAUUAGAUAAAGUGCAAUCAGUUCUUCUUACACAUGGUGACAGUGUGGAUCGGGUAGGUGAAAAGUUCUGUGUUGCUGCGAAAUCACAAUCGAAUAUUGUAGCUGCCAUCUACAACAAGCAACUGCGUUUGUAUGGUGUGCAAUUUCAUCCUGAGGUUGAUCUUACAUUGCAUGGGAAAAAAAUGUUAUCAAAUUUUUUGUUUGAUAUUGCUGGUCUUACGCAAAAAUUCACAAUGGAAUCUCGCAAGGAAGGUUGUAUAAGAUAUAUAAAAGAGACUGUUGGAUCAAAUAAAGUUCUUGUUCUUUUAAGUGGUGGUGUGGAUUCAACAGUAUGUGCUGCACUUCUGAGGCAUGCUUUGCAUCCUGAGCAAAUAAUAGCAGUUCAUAUAGAUAAUGGUUUUAUGCGCAAAAAUGAGAGCGCAAAAGUAGAGAAGUCUCUCAAAGAUCUCGGUCUAAAUCUAAAGGUAGUAGAUGCUUCUUACCAAUUUUAUCAGGGACAUACUACAUUUAGAACAGCUAAUCAAUUAAUGCGUGAUACAAAAAUGUUAUCUAUGUCGACAAAUCCUGAAGAGAAACGUAAAAUAAUUGGUGAUAUAUUUGUGGUAGUUGCAAAUGAAAUAGUGAAAGAAUUAAAUCUCAAGCCAGAAGAAGUGUUCUUUGGACAAGGUACUCUUCGACCUGACUUAAUAGAAUCUGCUUCAAAUUUAGUUAGUACUAAAGCUGAGACGAUAAAAACACAUCAUAAUGAUACAGAAUUAAUUAGAAAACUAAGGGAAGCAGGCCGUGUUGUAGAACCAUUAAAAGAUUUUCAUAAAGAUGAAGUGCGAAUGCUAGGGAUUGAUUUAGGACUUCCAGCUAGUUUGGUAGAGAGACACCCUUUUCCAGGACCUGGUUUAGCCAUAAGAAUAUUAUGUGCUGAAGAACCUUACAUUGAAAAAGAUUUCUCUGAAACACAGGUUAUAAUAAAAAUAAUAGUUGAAUUUGACAAAAUGACCCAAAAGAAUCAUGCAUUACUGAAUAGAGUAAGUGGAACAACUAGCAAAGAUGAACAGGCUGCACUUAUCCGAAUAUCAAGUAAAAUCAAAUUAUCAGCCACUCUUUUACCAAUUAGAAGUGUUGGUGUUCAAGGUGAUGGGAGGAGCUAUAGCUAUGUAGUUGGUUUAUCUAGCGAUGGUGCUCCUGACUGGGAUGAUAUGAUAUUUCUUGCUAAAUUAAUGCCCCGUAUAUGUCAUAAUGUGAACAGAGUUUGCUAUAUAUUUGGAGGGUCUGUUGUACAUCCUGUUCAAGAUGUCACAACAACAUUUUUAACAAAAAAUGUUAUCAGUACAUUGAGAGAGGCAGACGAUAAAGCCACACAGGUGUUGCAAGCCUCUGGCUAUGCGAGAUGUAUUGCUCAAAUGCCAGUGGUCCUAAUACCUGUUCAUUUUGACCGGGACCCUGCAGUGAGAGCACCAUCAUGUCAAAGAUCUAUAGUGUUAAGACCAUUUUGCACUGCCGAUUUUAUGACUGGUCUUCCAGCUAUUCCUGGUUCAGACAAGUUACCUAUGCAAGUUCUAGAAAAAAUGGUGAAAGAGAUCCUAGUUAUACCUGGUAUUUCAAGAGUUUUAUAUGAUCUUACAUCAAAGCCACCAGGAACCACAGAAUGGGAAUGAUGUAAACAAAAUAAUAGUUUUCCAACUAUAGUGAUGCAUAGUUAACUAAAUAACAGUUAUGAGAUUAAUAUACUUCUGGCUAAAUGAUUACGUGAAAUAAAAUGAACAAUUGUUUUUACAUAUUAGUAAAAUGAGUCUCAUAUUUAAAAUUAUGUUACUAUAAUAUAUAACUAUGGUCAACUGGUCAAAAAAAACUUUGGCAAUUUUUAUUUAGCACUACAGCGCCUGUUGUUUUACUUUGCAAAAGACAUGUUUUCAAUGAAUAUUAAUCAAUUAAAUAAUUGGCCUUCAACUUGAUAUAAUAAACAGUUGUUCUUGUGUAAAUAUUUGUCAGUUCAAUAUAAGACAACAAAAAUCUUUAAAAGCUUAGUCACAAUCUAAUUGGAUUUGAACACACGUUAUUGGAAUAAAGCUAAGAAAAAAGUAUAUUUAUAUCUUCGAUUCAUUGGAAUGUUUAAACAUGUGCACCUUUAAUAUUAGCAUGCAAAAAUGCAAUUGCAAAGUAGGCCCUUACUUUAUAUAAAAUGUGCAGUAAAGUUUUGUUCCUCAUUUAGAACUUUGUGUAGUUGUCCAGAUAAUAUUGAGGUAGUUCAAUUAUCAAA